AUGAUUGCUAGAAUUUUGAACAAAGUCAAAAGUUCGAAUAAGGUGUUGAAAGAGAUGAGAUCUAAUUUCUUUUCUUUAAAUCAAACAAUCACCUCGCAUUCAGUGUCAAUUAAGCAAUUAGAAGCUCAAAUGGGUCAAAUCUCAUCUCAUCUUAACCCAAGACCAAAGGGAGGUCUCCCAAGUGAUACCGUUGCUAAUCCUAAGAAUGACAACGCACAAUGCAUGGCUAUUAUGACAAGAAGUGGCAAAGUUGUUGGUAAGAAUAUACCAACUAAUGAAGCUACAAGUUCAUCCAAAGGGAAGACCAAAGUAUUCAGAAGUGAUGAGCUAGUCGACGAACUCAAUAAUGAUCUGUCCAACCAAGUGAAUGAUGCACCGAUGGAGAUUGAUUUUGGUAUGUCUUCCAAUUCCAACGAGGCUAUUAUCCUACUGAUGGUGUCUCCAAAGCUGCUUCCAAAAGUGAAACCUCCUUUCCCUCAACAUUUGAAAAAUAAAGAUGAGGAUAUCAAGUUUCAAAAGUUCCUCUCGAUGUUCAAGUCUCUCUCAAUAAAAUUACCUUUGAUUGAAGCACUAUUAGAGAUGCCUGGAAAUGCGAAGUUCAUGAAGAAGCUUGUGAUAAAAAAUCAUAAUAUGGACUUUAAAACUAUCAAAUUAUCUCACAGCUGUAGUGCAAUUAUGUCAAGCAACAUUGUGGUGAAAAAGGAUAAUCUUGGGGCGUUCACAAUUCCAUGCACUAUAGGGCUGUACAAAUUCACUAAGGCACUUUGUGAUUUGAGUGUAAGCAUAAAUUUGAUGGCCUAUGCCAUUUUUAAAUAG